GCCUUGCUGUGAGUGUGUCUCUGUGAAGAUGAACAGUCUGUGUACUCUGCAGCAGCUCCAUCCUGAGCUGGACCCUGAACAUGUGAAAACACUGCGUCUUACCCUACGUGAAGACCAUUCUCCUGAAAGGAAUGACCCCACAAAGAUUAAGCCAGUGGGACGAGCGUUGGCUCUUAUCUCCUCACGUCCUCUAAGAGGUUCCCGUCCCCUAAAUUCUGAACUCAUUAAGUCCACAGAAGGGGAUGAAGAGAUUAUCAAGAUCUAUCUAAAGGCAAAAGCAGAGGAUAAGGCCAAUCAUGAGUGGAACGUCAGCCAGCUGAAGAAUGAGGUGCGCCACAUCCAGGAGGCUCGAACCUCUAUCCAAAACUUGAGAAAAGACUUUGAUGGUAACGCUUCAAAAUUCAUGCGGGACGAAUGUCCACAAAACAAGGUGUAUGAGGAAAAGCAGAAUGGUGCAGAGCAUUACAGAGACUCAUGGAGAAGUACAGUGGCAGGCGGCCAGGAAGAAGAAUUAGAAAUAGACAAUGGGAAAAGCCUUCGGGAGACUGCACAGAGGUUAUAUACAAAGCUUCAAGAAGCAGAGAAGAAACAGCAAGCUGAACGAAGGAUGUACGAGGACAAGCUUAGCAAAUGUCAGCAAGAAGCUGAGCAGAGCACCAGAGCUCGCAGAGAGGCAGAGCAGAAUUCUACUGAACAUCAGAGGGAAGUGGAGGAGCUUCGCAGGCUGAUGACCAGUAUGGAAAAUGAACACCAAGGUCUGCGGAGGAAACUGAAGGAGAAUGAGGAGGAGCUAGAUCGCAUGAAGACUCAAAAAAUGCAAGACGGUCCUCUUCAGACUAGGUGUGAAGAACUGGAGAAGACCGUAUCGGGGCUGAAGGAGAAAAUUCACCACUUAGAUGACAUGUUAAAGAGUCAACAACGCAAAGUCCGUCAAAUGAUCGAGCAGCUUCAAAACUCCAGGACCGCAAUGCAAGAGAAGGACAUUCUAAUUCAGGAGCUACGGGAAAAAGUCUCAUGGCUUCAAGCAGAGAACCUUGAGCUUCAAGAUAAACUGGAACAUUUUGUAUCUGCACAACCCGGGCACACCUCGUACCAUCCUAGAAGUCACCCACGGCCUAAUCUCCAGAAUGUCAAAAAAGUGUACUUACCACCGGGAUCUGGAAGACCCUUUCCACUCAUUAAGUUGGUGGAGACAUGAAUUGGAGGCUGCCACCAUGUGGACCGUAAUAUCUGCAUCUUCCUCUUGUUUUUUUUGUGGCACUUUAGGUGGGAUCACAAAUAGUGAGCUACAUCAUAUUUAAACCUUGCCUUUUUAAUGACUACCCCCCCCCCCAACAGAGAAUGCAACCUUUAUAUGUGACCGUCCAGUACCUUAGAGGUUUUAAAAACUGCAUUGAUGGCUCUAGGAUACAAAUGGCUCUAGGAUAUUUCUUGUUGUGGAGUACAUGACACAAUGAGUUCCAUGGAUCGUUACCUAUUCCAGACUCUCCAAGAUAUUUAUUUGUGACACCUAAAACAUGGAUUGAAAGAUUCCAUCCAGCGAGCAACAUCUUGUACGCCUACAUGAUAAGGUGUUUGAUUUGUUGUUUCAAAUUAACUUUGUUCCAGAAUCCAGCAGUGAUCUGGCAUGCUACGUGUUUUGUACCAUGCUGCGAAUUUCAUCCACAUACAGCAGUGAAAGAGCAAGUGCCUUUUAUUCCAACAUUUGUGCUUACAAACCAAAGAUCUCCCAAGGAAGAGAAGUGAGCUGUAGGACACCCCACAGAUACCAGCAUGCAUGCCCAAAUGUGAGACUACAUUUGCAGUUGUCUUUCCUAAUUUUGGAGUUCUAUUAAUUUGACCGUUCGCUAUAUAUCGUGUAUUCUUUACAUGUAGAGUCUAGUUUUACUUCUGUCUAGCAAGGGAGGGAUUAUCAAAAUUAUGUGAUGCGUGGCUCUAUCCUGAGCUACAGUGUUGCUAGUUUAAUCUCAUAUGCUCUUAAUACUUGUAUUGUUACUGUUGCUCCUGGAUGUCUUUGCAUGUGCUGUUAAAAUGUAAACUGUUUCCUCUGCCCCCUCCAUUUCAUUCCUUACCCUGGCAUUUAACUGUACCUUUCCCACAACCCAUAGCUGUUAACUCUAUUCUGUCUCUCCAUGAACUGCCCACCCUGACCUCCAGGUGCAGAUUAAAAGUUACUGUAUUUGCUCGAUUGUAAGACGACCCUGAUAAUAAGGACAACUCCUCCCCCUCCCCCCAACAUUUUUUGGGGUGGGAUCUUGUUAAAAGAAAAGGCCUGAAUAUAAGACUACCCUAUGGGGAAAAAAUCAUUAUACACAAGCUCACACUGACACACAGCUAAGCUCACUAUACACAAGUUUACACUGACACACACAGACAAGCUCACUAUACACAGGCUCACACUGACACACUUAAGCUCACUAUACACAGGCUAACACUGACACACAGCCAAGCUCACUAUACACAAGUUCACACUGACACACUUAAGCUCACUAUACACAGGCUAACACUGACACACACUCAAGCUCACUAUACACAAGCUUAUGCUGACAAACACAGACAAGCUCACUAUACACAAGCUUACGCUGACACACACAGACAAGCUCACUAUACACAAGCUUACGCUGACACACACAGACAAGCUCACUAUACAAAAUCUUACGCUGACACACACAGACAAGCUCACUAUACAAAAUCUUACGCUGACACACACAGACAAGCUCACUAUACACAAGCUUACGCUUUCACACACAGACAAGUUCACUAUACACAAGCUUACGCUGACACACACAGACAAGUUCACUAUACACAGGCUGACACUGACACACAGACAAGCUCACUGGCACUCACUGCAAGUUGUUUAGAGAAUAAUCCUCAGCUUGGCAUUGACCAGACUAUUGUGUCAGAAUAGAGACUGCAGCUGGCUUCCAAAGUGUUCCACUGAAAGGCUUAUUGGGAGAGAUCCUCUAGGCCAGUGAUGGCUACCCUUGACACCAUAAAUUGUUUCUGGACUAAAUUUCCCAUGAUGCUCAGCUAGCUUUUAGACUCUAAAAGCUAGCUGAGCAUCAUGGGAAAUGUAGUCCAGAAACAAUUUAUGGUGUCAAGGUUAGCCAUCACUGCUCUAGGCUGAAUCAAUGCGUUGAUAGUACCCAUGGACAGGCCUUCAGUGUUGUGAGGAACUCCAUGUCUACAGGUGGCAUCUGAGCUUGAGAUAAAGCUAGAGAAUUCUCAUAUGUAUCAUAAGCCGUCUUAGCACUGACAUUUUCUCUUGCUGAACUAUGCUCCUGAUUUCCUGAAAUAGAAGAUAUCUCUAGGGUACCUUCCAUAGCAGCUGUUUCACUAGACUCCACCACUAGCAGGUAGGAGCUGUUUGUCUCCCUGCUAAAGGAUCAACAAAUCUUUCCACCAUCUCAUAAAUAAUAUAAUUUAUUAAUAAUAAAAUAUAUAAAUUUGUGUGCUGGGGAAUGCACUGGCCUCCGAGCCAUACCUGAUGUGCGGUGUUUUAACUGUGUAUUUUGCUGGAGAGCAGUCACGACUACGGGAACGCUGUCUCUCAGUGAUAACUCUACAUGUGUGGCCUAUGUACUGACAACCUGCGUCCUGUGUUUGUAAAAUUCAAGUUGGAGUUUGUUCCCAAGCUGUUCGCUUACAGGUGCCCCGGCACAAUUCAGUGCAUGCUCUUUGUAAUAACAAUGAUCCUCCAGUGAUCUACUAGGCAUAGACACAUCAUUAGAGUAGUCAUGCAUUUUCAAAGCGCCACGCAGAGACAUUGCCACCUGUCUCUCAUAAGGAUCGGAGAAUUCUGAAACUGAGCUGUUUCUAACUAGGUCUGAUUAAAAGAUUCUAAAACAAGGUAGUUUUUUUCAGAAGUCUUUUUCACAAUGUUAUAAUCGAGCAAAUACAAACUAAAUGGAGUCAAAUAUAAAUGUAACGUUAGGUGCAGUCAUACCGGUAUAAGUGCCUAUUUGGAUAAAAUAGUUUUUUCUCCACAAAUCUCUGCUACAAAUGGCACUAAAAUUAAGCCAGGGAUUUCCUUAUAGAGCUUCUGUUGAGAAUUGUGACCGUUUUUUCUCUGUAAAUAUUUCUAGUGAUGCUACAUCAUUCUGUCCAAACAGCGUAGUCCAAAGCAGCUUGCAUUAUUCCAGAAGCAGAAAAUGGCUCUAAAAACAGCCAAUAUAUACAACACAGUAAAAUAAUUUUAAUAUUUGGCUGACUAAUGAAUGUGAUACAAACAUGGUUAUAAAGAGUAAUUUGGAUGAAAUCCAAAAUUUGGAUUUGAUGUUCUCACGAUAAAGUGCUAAUGAUUUUAACCAAACUGCUUUCUCUGUGCCUUACAGAUGGUGUGUAGCUAGCACACUGUGAUUACCAAAUUGUGCAUGUCCUUCUAUACUUCUGCACUGUGGCACAAUAUUGUGGGUCAAUGCCCACUGCAUUUUUAGUAGAGAAUAAAACAAAUCAUCCUUGGAUGAAUGAUGCUGAUCUUACAAAUUGGGGAUAUUUGAAGAAAAACGUAGAAGGUGCCUCAUUGUCAUGUUAGCCCCUGCAUCUUCCUGUGAAUUAAAGCACUCUGCAAGGCCCUGUGUCCCAGGUCGUCCUAUACCAAAUGUGACUGCUUACCUAUUGUCUUAAUCACUGUCUGGACAGAGACCUGUAAUACUGUAAUAUACUUACAUUUGUAGAUAGUAAUAAAUUAUGCUAUUUAACCAA